UUCUAAAGAGAGAGAGAGAGAGAUUUUAUUAUUUUUUUUUUUAAAAAGCAAGCGAUUCUCUUACAUUAUUCGUGCCGAUUUGUUACGCGUGGGUAUCUGUUCCAGAACAAGCAAAUCGGCGAAGAUGACUGCGCUUAAAUUUCAUUGGCUUAUUAGAAAAUGAGUUUUCAUACCGACCAACUUGUUACAAUCGGUACAAAGCAGUAGCGCGUUUGACAUCGCUCUAUACGGAUAUUGGUGCCAAUUUUUGGCCAGAGUUCCAAAAUAGACAAAAAAAAAGGAAUUAAAAAAAAAAAAUAAUAAUUUAAAACACGUGAAACAAAAAUUUAUACUGGCUUUAAUUUUUCUAAUAAUUUUUGAAUUAAAAAAAGAAAAAACAAAAGAAACCUACAAAAUUACUUUUCUAUAUCGUAAAUUUUGAUUAGAAAUAUAAUUUUUAAAAAUAAAAUAUAUUUAUAAUAAUUUGAAAUACAAAAAUUUGUAACAUAAGUAACAUAAUAUUUAAAAAUAAAGUACGCGAAAUAUAGUGUAAAAAAAUUUGAUAAAUUUAAUAAUUAGAGAAAUUCUCUAAUUUAUCAUCUCGUAUAUAUGUCAAUUAUUUAAUGUUGAUUAUUUGAAAAUAUUCAUGCACAUAUAAUAUAAUUGAGUGAAAUUUAUAAUAUUGUUAAAUUUCAAGUGCAAGUGAUUCAUGAAGCGUGAAAAAAAGUGUUAAUUAACUGCAAUUAUUUUUAAAGUAUAUUUUUAAAUAAACAGAAAUAAUUUCCUAACGCAGAAACACUGAAGAAUGAUAAUUUGAAGUUUCAUUAAUUUAAUACUCGAAAAAUUAUUCGCUCAUAUUCAUCUGAUUUGAAAUUUAAAAGAGAACAACAUGAAUCUAAUAGGAUUAAUGAAUAGCUUCUUUAAGCGAAUUAGCAAAGAUUUUCGACACAAGGAACUGUUACCAUUAAAACUCGCUUUUUUCGUAAAAGCAUCAACACUGUCGGUGCUUUAUCCAUAUUUGACUAUUCACAUGCGAGAACUAGGAAUAAAUGUACAAGAGACAGCAUUAAUGAGUGCAAUAACUCCACUUGCAGUAAUUAUUAUGCCACCAUUAGCAGGUUUAAUAGCAGAUCGAAUAGGAAAUUUUCGAAUAUCUUUAGCACUUUUAACAUCAGUCGGUGGAUUGGCAGCACUUUUAUUGUUACUAGUCCCCGUGGGUAGAGUCAAUUUAGAAUAUCCCGAUAGAAUAAUUUUGGAUGCAAAAUGUCAGCGAAAUAGUGACAGAUUAAUAUUUGAAAUUAAUCAAACUUAUCCUUGUGAGGAGAAACUUGAAUCGGAAAUAAACAUGAGGAUAGAAAGUUGUGGUUUUAUGUGUUCAGUACCUAAUAAUACCGAUGUUCCAUUAUUGUUACAAGAAAAAAGUUACACAAUAGAAGUAGCGGAAUAUGAUUCAAUUAUGCUAUUCAAUUAUUCAAUUCCAGAAAGAAAAAUAAAUAAGGUAGACGAUGAUUUAGAUGAUGUUAGAUCACACAGGAUGUUAAAGAAUGAUGAAUUUUUUAAGACGUCUAUUCGUCAAAUCACGAAUUAUACCCUUUUCUUUCCAGCGAACGAUUUAUACAGUUUUAAGUGCAUAAUUACUGAGGAGGAACCUGUAAGCCAAGAUGCAAAAAAAAUUUUAAAAUGUGGCUUUGGGCAUAUUUCUAAUAAACAAGAGGGUGAAAAUACGUACGAGCCCUUCAAAGUAAAUCUCAAGACUUUAAAUGAGUCAACAGAUAGUUCAGUAAUUAAAACUAAAUAUUUAGUGGAGAAAUCAAAUUGGACUGACAAUAAUAUGAUGAAUGUUGAAUGUGAAAAUGGUGAACGAACAUAUCAGAAAUUCUUCAUCUCAGCUGGGAAAUAUAAUAUUAUGAAUUGUCAUCAAAGAUGUCUUAUCACUGCUCCCAGAUCGGAAAUAUGUUCUAAUAUGAAGGAAGAAGUCGUUUAUAAUAUUCAAUUAACCUUUUGGUUAUAUCUUUCUUUUAGAUUAUUCAACGCAAUGAUUGGUGGUACUGCAUGGGCAAUGUUUGAAGGUGCUGUGAUUGCCACAUUGAGAGAACACAAGGCUGAUUAUGGCUUACAGAGGCUUUAUGGUAGUUUAGGGGGAAUGAUAUCAUCCCCUUUAUCAGGUCUUAUGAUAGACUCUUUUAGUAAAGGAAAAGCUUUCACUGAUUUCAGGCCAGCGUUCUAUCUUUACGCUGCACUAAAAGUGGCUUCAGGUGUCCUCAUGUUGUUUAUUAGUUUGGAAUUCAAAUCACCAGCAAAAAAUAUAUUUAAGGAUGUUUAUGAGGUGCUGAAAAAUGUGGAAAUCGUUACACUUUAUGUUGUUUCCUUCAUGUUAGGCACUGCUUGGGGAUACAUCGAAUCCUUUCUUUUUUGGUUCCUACAGGAUUUGGGUGCAUCUCAAUCACUUAUGGGAAUCACUAUAACAGUUAGUGGCCUUGCUGGUUUACCUUUAUUGGUUGUAUCGGGACCAAUAAUUCACAAACUUGGUCACGCCAAUGUUCUCUUCAUUGGAUUUAUUUUUUAUGCUAUUAGACUUGUUGGCUAUUCACUGAUUUACAACCCAUGGCUAUGUCUGAUUUUUGAAGCUCUUGAAUCUGUAACAUCUGGACUUGCUUUUACAGCAGCUGUAACUUAUGCUGCAAAAUUAUCAACGACAGCCACUGAUAGUACUGUACAAGGUUUAUUGGGUGGAAUUUACUACGGAGUUGGAAAAAGUUGCGGAGGUCUCGUGGGAGGAUUUCUUAUGAAAGGAGUGGGUACACGUCCUACUUAUCAGAUAUUCGCGUUAGCUUCCCUAUUGACAGGAUUGAUGUACUACGUGUUCAACGUCACUUAUUUGAAAAAGCGUCCUCAGGUUGAGGGCAACGACAUCGUGAAGAAAGAGCCGAAGAAGAAGAAGACGACGGGUCAAAAUGAUCUCGAGAAUGGAUCAGUGGAAAUAGUCUCAAAAGGAGAGGAGGAAAAGAAGAAGAAGAAGAAGAAGACAACGACGAAACAACAUCAACAGAUACCAGACAAAGAAAAGAUUGCCCAGGGCUACGACAACAAGGCAUAUUCUAAAGAUGCAAUGAAAAUUGAAAGUGCAAACCCUACAUCCAAGGACAUUGAGGCCCUCAAUAAUGUCAAGAACCUCGACAAGAUUGAAAAGAUUUCUGAAAGUGGAGAUGAUCAUGAAGAGAUCGAGAAAAAUCACGAUAAGAAGGAAGAUUAUCAAAAAGACAACAAUACAAUUAUAAAUUCAACCACUGAUGACAAAAGUCCACGCAAGUGUAGUGUUACGAUCGAAAAAGUACCAAAGGACAAAUAAUUUAUGUUCGAUUAUUAAAGACAUGAACCAUAUUUUCAUAAUAAUUUUAAUACUAAUUAAAUAAUGAUUGUAAGUUGAAGUUGAUGAUAGUUUUAAUCAAUAAUAGCUUCAAUUAUUGCAAACAUUCUUUUUUAAUUAAAAUGAUUAUUAUUCGGAACUACCAUUACCCAUGCAGAAAUUAUUUUACUUUGCUCUAUUUAAAAUGGUGUUUUGGACAGGGUUUCGGCAGUUUUCCCUGCUUAAACAAAAAUUUAAAUAAACUAAUAUAAUAUAAUAUAUUAUAAUAAUUUUUUUUUAUUUUAGCAGUUCGAACAGAAUUCCAGGGUGAAAACCCCAAAUAGAAUGUUUACUAGAUUUAAAACAGGGCACUGAUCAGGGCCUGACCAGAUUUCCUAGCUUAAAAACAAUGUAAAGAAAUUAAAUUUAUAAAAUUACUAGAAUUCCCAGAGCGAAAACUCAAAAAGAGAUGUGAUUAUUUUUUGUACAGUUGUAUAAUUUUGUAAAAUUUAUAUUCUACGAAUUUUUCUCUACUAAAUUUAAUGAUUUAUUUCAAAAUUAAUUCGAUAAUUUAUAAAACAAUAUGAAAAAAUUUAUUUUAUGAUUUUUUUUACUAAAUCAUUUAAAAGGAUUAGAAAGUAUAAUAAGAUGAAAAAUUUUAUUUAAAAUAAUUUUGUUAAUUUGUUAUGAUAAACAGAAAGUACUUUUAGUCUCAAUAUUCAAAAAAAUGUUACGUAAAAGAUCUGUAAAUUAAUGGCAGCGUGGUCAAAGUACAUGGCUCGCGUCCCAAGGGUCCUGGUUUCAUUCCGAGAUUUUUCAAAACUAUUCAAUGUUUUAUAUAAUAAAUAUGUAAUUAGUUGAAAAGAAAAAAAUUGUAAAAACAUUCAUUUAUUCAAAAUACGUAAAUCUCACAAAAUAUGGCAAUUUUAAAGGAAAACUGAAAAUAAUUUUAAAAUCUGCUACAGUUGCGUUUAAAAUUGUAACCAAUUGAAAUCAUAUAAAAAUCCGAUUAGGAUAAUAAUUAAUUACAGCUUUUUUUAUAAAAUAAAAUUACUUUUAAUUGAAGUUACCAUUAAUUUGAAUUAGAAUUAGAAUUAAUUAAAGCUACCAGAGAUUAAGUUAUUGUUGAUUAAAGCUACCAUUAAUUAAAACUCUAUAUAUGAGAGAUUCUUUUUCAAUCGCCCCAGCCCAAAAAGUCAAUGUUCUGGGAUUGGCUUCAUACUUUGGUAAAUUGUUCUCCUAUAUGAUAGUAAUAAAUCCCUAAAAUAUAAACUCAUUAAAAAAAUAUUUGUAGAAAGUAGAGGGGGUUGAAGUUUUGACGUUAAGGGUAACAUUGUUAUUUUCAAAUCCGUAUAACUAUGACAAAAGUUAAUGGAUUUUAAUUGAUCUAUAAUGAAUUUUAAUGCAUUUUUCACGUACUUUUCAAAAAUGUAUACAAAAUUUAAAAAAAAA